GACCUUCUGUAUCAGGCCAAAAAAUGACUCAAGACUCUGAGUCUCAAAUGGAAUUGGUCUGCCAUAUUUUGAGGCAGAAAUGCUUCCAUAGAUCAUUGGUUAGGUAAGAAGUCGUAUCAAAGUAUGGAAAACCAAGCGUACAACUUGGGACAUAAAAUUGAAUAUGAAAGGUGUGUUAAGGUCAGUUACGUAAUUUUGAGUCGGAAAACGCCAUGGUUGUUGGGUCCUUUCUCCCACCUCCACCUUCUCUAUAACUGCAAUUUACAAACAUAACACCCAGAAACCCACCGACAAAACCAGAACCUCCAUUGUUUGAGCACUUGGAGGAGCCACUUGGGUGUUCCUUUUUUUUAAGGAACGUGGAUUUCUGGAUCUGAAUUUUGGGUCAAACGAGUGCGUUGACUUCAUUGACUUGGGAUUGGUAAAUGAUUUAGCUUGAUUGGUCGGAUUUGAGAGAAGAAUGUCUUGGAAGAGCAGAGAAGGAGAGGCAUCGAAGAGUGCUUUUGUGUCUCGGAAAUGGACCCUUUUGUUUUGCAUUGGUUGCUUUUGUGCUGGGAUGCUCUUCUCUGAUAGAAUGUGGUUAGUGCCUGAAAUUGAAGACAUAUCGAGUACAACAAGGGUUGACGAUGAAACACCGAAGUUAGGUUCUGGUUGUGAUCCAACAAUCGAUGUAGAAAAUGAACCAAAGGACGUUUACGGGGAAGUUUCAAAGACUCAUCGUGCUAUACACAUGCUGGAUAAAAAAAUUUCAAAUUUGGAGAUGGAAUUAGCUGCUGCAAGGGCUGCGCAGGAAUCUAUUCUAAGUGGUUCACCAGUUGCAGAAAAUUUAAAAAUUCCUGAGACAAGAAAGAAAAGAAAAUAUUUGAUGGUUGUAGGAAUAAAUACUGCUUUUAGCAGUCGAAAGCGCAGGGAUUCAGUCCGUGCUACUUGGAUGCCUCAAGCCGAUAAAAGAAAGAAGCUUGAGGAAGAAAAGGGCAUUGUAGUUCGCUUUGUAAUAGGUCACAGUGCUACAUCAGGUGGUAUCCUUGAUAGAGCUAUUGAAGCAGAGGAGAAUAGGCAUGGUGACAUUAUGCGGCUGGAUCAUGUUGAGGGCUACCUUGAAUUGUCAGCGAAGACAAAAAUAUUUUUUGCCACUGCUGUUGCUUCAUGGGAUGCAGAUUUCUAUGUUAAAGUUGACGAUGAUGUACACGUAAAUAUAGGAACACUUGGAGCAACUUUAGCUAGGCAUCGACCAAAGCCGAGGGUGUAUAUUGGUUGCAUGAAAUCUGGUCCCGUCCUUGCUCAAAAGGGAGUAAGGUAUCAUGAGCCCGAGUAUUGGAAAUUUGGCGAGGAAGGGAACAAGUAUUUCCGUCAUGCCACAGGCCAGCUCUAUGCUAUCUCAAAAGACUUGGCUACUUACAUAUCAAUCAACCAGCAUGUGCUACACAAGUAUGUGAAUGAGGAUGUUUCUUUGGGAUCGUGGUUCAUUGGAUUGGAUGUGGAGCAGGUUGAUGACCGGAGAUUAUGUUGUGGAACACCACCUGCACGCCGGGAACCGGCAUAGUUUGGUGGUCGUGACGUAAACUGGGUUACAUGCUAUUAGGCGUAGCUGUGUAUGCCCCCAUGGGGAGUUAUCAGUCAUUUUAUUGUUCAUUGAAAUGUCAGAUUAACUUUAACUUCCAGAGCAUUUAGAAUUGUUUCAUGGUUUGAUUACUGCCCCUUAAUUGCUACACUUAAUGUUUAGCUGAUACCAGUUGCAAUACACACCUGAUCAUGGUGACGAGUAGCUCAUCUAAGAUAUCAUGAGAUCUUUGUUUGGAUCCUGCGAUUGUUUGAGCAUUUCUUACCAUGAGAGUUCACUUACAUUUAUGAUGUAUAUUCUCAUAUGACUUACGUCUAAGACUUCAAGGUCGGGGUUGAUGAUGCGCGAAAUAACGUGGGUGAGAGAUGCCUGUUUUAAUUCCUGUGGUGCUAUUUCAAUGUUACUAGUGUGGUUCAGUGUGUUUUGUGUGGGUUUACGCAUUCAUGCGUGAUAACUUUUCAUGUCCAGAAUUGCAAAGAAAACACAAUUGGAAGAAAGGUUAUGAUAGUUCAAGCCAGGAAUAAAUAUUAUCAUGACAUAGCGCAUAGUUACAAGUUUAAUGCUGUUAAUUGUUACCACAGAUUGUGAGUGGAAGGCUCAGGCAGGCAACGUCUGUGUUGCUUCAUUCGAUUGGAGUUGCAGUGGGAUUUGCAAGUCUUCGGAGAGGAUCAAGGAGGUCCACAGGCGCUGUGGAGAAGGUGAGAAUGCUUUGUGGAAUGCAGCUUUCUAAUUGACAAAAAGUUCUUCCAAACUCGGGAGGAACAUGUAAAUGGCGUGAGCUUGUAUCAUAAAAAUCCACACAGAGAAAUUUUUUUUCAACACAA